CCUAUUCAAACUUUCUUUCUUGUUCCUUAAUCCAUCUCAAAUAAAACUCUUCAAUUGUGUUCAUGUUUUGGACAACAUUAUGUAAAUCAUUUCAUCUAUAACUUGUUUUGAUUAAAGUUAUCUUUAAUUUUAAACAGUGUCUAUUAAAGUUUAUCGGUUUUGGAGUAAGAAUUUUGAAUGGAUCUUCUCUUCUUACCAAAAGUUCUUACCGCGUUCUUCUUUGCGGCGGUGAUUGCAGUGACCGCUGCAAAGCUUCGCGGGAAGCGCUUCAGGCUGCCACCGGGACCGUUUUCUGUACCGAUAUUUGGUAACUGGCUUCAGGUUGGCGAUGACCUGAAUCACCUUAACCUUGCCGACAUUGCACGUCGCUUUGGCGACAUAUUUCUCCUUCGCAUGGGGCAGCGGAAUUUGGUGGUGGUCUCUUCGCCGGAGCUCGCGAAGGAGGUUCUCCACACACAGGGUGUGGAGUUCGGCUCGCGCACGCGCAACGUCGUCUUCGACAUCUUUACCGGGAAAGGCCAGGACAUGGUGUUCACCGAGUACGGUGAUCACUGGCGCAAGAUGCGCCGCAUAAUGACGGUCCCGUUCUUCACCAACAAGGUCGUGCAGCAGUACCGCGUCGGGUGGGAGGACGAGGCGGCGCGUGUAGUGGAGGACGUACGCCGCAGCCCUGACGCCGCGGCCGGAGGGAUCGUUCUGCGGCGGAGACUGCAACUCAUGGUGUAUAACAUGAUGUAUAGGAUCAUGUUCGAUAGAAGGUUCGAGAACGAGGAGGACCCGUUGUUUCAGAAGCUUCGAGUUUUGAACGGUGAGAGGAGUCGUUUGGGGCAGAGCUUUGAGUACAACUACGGUGAUUUUAUCCCCGUUUUGCGGCCAUUUUUGCGUGGGUACUUGAAGAUUUGCAAGGAGGUUAAGGACACGAGGUUCAAACUCUUCAAGGAUUAUUUCAUUGAGGAACGAAAGAAUCUUGAAAAUACCAAGAAAAGGGACAAUGGAGGACUUAAAUGCGCCAUCGAUCACAUUUUGGAUGCUCAGAAAAAAGGAGAGAUUAGUGAGGAUAAUGUCCUCUACAUUGUCGAGAACAUUAACGUUGCUGCAAUCGAGACAACUCUGUGGUCAAUUGAAUGGAGCAUUGCUGAGCUUGUGAACCACCCAGAGAUCCAAAACAAGGUGAGGGAGGAGAUUGCGAGAGCUGUAGGAGCAGGACAGCAAGUGACAGAGCAAGACAUUCACAAGCUAACUUACCUACAGGCAGUGAUAAAGGAAACACUUCGGCUGAGAAUGGCAAUUCCACUCCUUGUCCCACACAUGAACCUCCAUGAUGCUAAACUUGGAGGCUAUGACAUCCCUGCAGAAAGCAAGAUCUUGGUGAAUGCAUGGUGGCUUGCCAACAACCCUGCUCAGUGGAAGAAGCCAGAGGAGUUCAGGCCUGAAAGGUUUUUGGAGGAAGAGUCGAAAGUAGAGGCGAAUGGGAAUGACUUGAGAUACCUUCCAUUUGGUGUUGGGAGGAGGAGCUGCCCUGGAAUUAUCCUUGCAUUGCCUAUUCUGGGCAUUACUUUGGGGCGUUUGGUCCAAAAUUUUGAGCUCUUGCCUCCCCCAGGACAAGACAAGCUUGAUACCACUGAGAAAGGGGGCCAGUUUAGUCUGCACAUACUCAACCACUCAACCAUUGUCGCUAAACCAAUAUCAUUUGCUUAGCGCAUCACGCACGUAAAUCUCUCAAAUCGAAUCAUCGUUUUGAGGAUUUUGGAAUAAAGGUUAUACUUCUCCUUGGUAA